CAUACAAUAAGAUGGAUUUUUCUCUUUUCACUGAUGCAUCGUCAAUUUUGUUUCUUGUUUUGUUCGGUCUUAUAACGUAUACACUAAUUACGCAAUGUCGUCGACCGUCUGGAAUGCCUCCUGGGCCUCGUCUCUGGCCAGUCGUUGGAAACAUGCUGUCCAUCACAGGAAAACAAAAUUUGAUUGAAGCUUUCCGUGAAUUACGACAACAGUAUGGGGAUAUAUACAGUUUGAAGCUAGGGUCGAGUUGGAUAGUAGUUAUAAAUGGAUACGAUAAUUUAAAGGAUGCUUUAGUGAAGCAAGGUGACAUGUUCAGUGAUAGACCAGACAAUUUCUUUUUUACAAGGCUAUUACAACAUCAAGGAAUUAUUGGAUCUAGUGGACUUUUGUGGAAAGAAAGCAGAUCUUUUACUCAAAAGACACUGAAGGAUUUCGGAUUGGGAAAACGCAGCCUGCAGGACAAAAUCCUGGAAGAGGUGACAAUUCUAUUGAAGACAAUUGAAAACACUAAAGGCGGAAUUUUUACAUUGAAACCUCUUAUUCAAGGUGUUUUUUCUAACAUUGUAACAUCAAUUGUGUUUAAUCGUCGUUUUGAUUAUGAUGACCCACAAAUGAUGAAAAUCAGAGAUAUGCUACACGAGCAUCUUACAGACUCCGAAUUUUCUGGAAUUUUAGACGCGAUACCACUUUUGGAAUCAUUUCCUGGAGAUCUUUUCCAUGCUAAAAGAUUAGUGGACGUCGAAAGAAAAUUAGACGCAUUUGUUCAGAAAUGUCUUGAUGAGCAUAAGCAAACAUUUGAUGAAAAUAAUCUCGUUGAUUAUGCUGAUGCUUAUUUAUUUGAAAUGAAGAAGCGACAACACGAAAAAGACUCUGUAUACUCAGAACGACAGCUUAUAAGAAUAUGCCGUGAUUUUUUGCUAGCAGGAACUGACACUACCGCCACUAACACACGAUGGGCAAUACUCCAUCUUAUUUGCAAACCUGAAAUACAGGAAAGAAUGUUUCUGGAAAUUCAAGACGUUAUUGGACUUGAACGCCCUCCUGAUAUGAAUGACAGAUUGAAUAUGCCUUACUGUGACGCCGUUUGCAACGAAACCAUGCGGGUAUCGAACGUGGGACCAUUGUCUGCUCCAAGGUCUUCUCGGGUUGAUGUUAAAUUCCAAGGGUAUAAAAUCCCCGCUGAGACAGUUAUCUACCCAAGUUUAGAUUCUGUACUUUUUGAUGAGAACAUUUAUCCAGACCCAGAAGAUUUUAUACCAGAUAGAUUCUUAGAGGGAUCUAAAAUAUCUACCUCGAUGACCAAAUUGAAUGUUCCGUUUUCGCUAGGCAAAAGAAGCUGUCCUGGAGAAGUGUUGGCCAGGCAAGAAUUGUUUUUAACCAUCGUUUCUCUUGUGAGAAAGUUUAAAUUUUUGCCACCUGAUGGAUCGGGACCACCCGCAAAGAAAAGAAUGUUUGGAGUUAUCUUUUUUCCAGCAGAAUACAAACUCAGAGCUAUUUUAAGGAAUUAAAGUGUGUGAUUCACUUUUGGCAAUUGCCUGCUUUUUU